AUGUUCUUCCGCUUCCCGGUCCUUUUCUCGUUUUUUCAGCUUAUCAACUCUCUGGGUAAAUUUGAGUGAAAUCAGAAUGAUUGUAGACUUGCAAAAACGUAAUUUUUAGCAAUUGGUGGUAACCUUACACGUGUGGCGAGUUUUUCGAGAAAUGUGCCCAUUGGUCCGCUCAAAACGAUUUAUUUUUCGGUCGGAAAUGUUGCGACGUGUCAAGUUGGUUGCUUUGAAACUGUCGACUUCUUUGAAGCGGACAAAAGUUGAACGAGUGUUGUAGAAGCAGGAUUUCACGGACAACUUUGACCGGCUACUGUAGAACCGGAGGACGGUCUCCUCAGAGCUGACAAUGGGCGCGCAAGUGCGCCCCGCCCAAUAGAGCGAUACAUUGGCGCGAAAUUCAAAUUUUAACAGCAAAUUUUGUGUUUUUUGCCAGAUUAGCCACGAAAAAUCGAUAACUUCUCAUUUGUCUCUCGAUAGACCGAUUGUAUAGGCUAUUACGAAUUUUUUUUAGCGCAAGAGCGUUAAAUUUGGUCAAAUCGCAAAUCACAUUUAUCCGUUUGAAGGUUUUUCGCUAAAACUGCGUGCAUUUCAGUUGCUUUUCGGUAGUUUUCGCGGUUCGAGCGCUCAAAAUUCUUGUAUUUACGUGAUUUAUCAUUCUCAAAACCAAUUCUAUUUGAAAACGGUCAAGAAAGCGCAAAAUAAGAAGUGCGAUUUUUAGGCGGCGAUCGGCGGCGAUGGCGAAAAAGCGAAAUCCGCCGAAAAAUGCGCCAAAACGUCAUUAAUUCUGAGAAUUAGUGUGUUUUCAUGCCGAACAAUCAUCUUUUCAUCGCCUUUGACCACAAAAAUCAGAGAAAACGUGCUCAAUUCAUGAAAACGCCAUUGGGCCGCCGAGGCCACGCCCAUAUUGACAGCUCUGGAGACCGUGCGGAAGAUGUCCUGGCGCUCUGAAAUUUUUUGUGUGAAAACUUGACAUUUAGAACUGUACUUUUGUAGUUGACAACGUUUUUUUGUAUGACCACUCCCCGGAGUACUGUAGUUCUUGGAAGUUGGGACAAGUGUUGAGGGCAUAUAUGAAAACUGGCCACAACUUCAAUGGCCUACAGUACUCCAGUGUCAGCUACAAAAAUAUAGUCCUAAAUGUAAAUUUUAUUGUUCAGACGAACGACGCCGGCGAGCACGUCGGUCCGGAGGCUUGCACGUGCGCGGCCGUCCGCAGAGCAAUCCGGCCGGCUCGGGGACGUGCUCCGUGGAUACUUCCCGUGUUAAUUCCGUACACUCUGCUCAAUUAUAUUACAGUUGGGUUCCUCUUUUGGAUGCUUUGGAAAAUUCAAAAGCUGACCAAAGAGAUUGAAGAAAAAGGUUUGUUCGGGAAAAAAGCAAGCCAACUUGAUCCGAAAAUGUGUUCAAAAGUGGUCUUGCAGAGUCCAAUAGAGCAAAUUUGCAUUUUUUGUUUGCAGAAACCGAAAACGAAAAAUGGUCAGAAGCGGACACUUCUCAGUGGAUGAGCGACUCCAAACAGGUCUUCGUGGGGCUCGCAAUGAUCCGAUCGGGACCAAACUUUGCAGGCCUCUUGGACUUGGGUCCAAGUCCAAAAGUUUGGGCCCUAUCGGAUUAUAGAUUAUUGAUUAUUGAUUAGCAACUGGACCGAAAAACUUAAAAAUUGUGUAAUUUUCAGAAUUCUUCACCUAAUCCGAAAACGGAAUCGACUGAAGCUAUGGAAAUUUGA